CUCAGCCCGGGCACCAUGGCGCGCCUGCGUAUUUCGCCUCGCUCGUGCCCGGUCAUGUGGUUUGGGCUGUCCGCAUUACGUCAGCGGGAAGUGGUGAAUGUAGCGAAGCAGCAGUCGCGGGAGGACACGACAGGUGGAGUGGAGACAAAGCGGAACGCACAGUCACACAGGUGCUUCAGUUUAGCAUCAUUCAUGAACGAGAACCCGCCACCUUAUCCUGGGCCAGGCCCAGCUGGUGCAUACCCAGCUUAUCCACAACAGUAUGGUCCAGGACCUAAUGCUGCUUACCCUGGUUAUCCACCACCACCAGGAGGGCAACCUGUAUAUCAAGGAUAUCCACAGUAUGGUUGGCAGAAUGCACCACCUCAACCAGGGAUGGUUUACGCAGAUGCUCCAAAAAACACAGGCCAUCUUAUUAAAACCAAAAAAGAUAUAACAAGACAGGAAGAUGGAGUGGAAUAUUAUUUAAACAGGAUACAGAUCCGUGAUUUGGGAUUCCUCAUCCAUGAUUCACAAGCUAGCGUCCAAGUUAAGCAGUUUAUGUUGUAGAAGAUCGCAGAAGGGAUGACACUGGAGAUACAUGCUUGACAGCAUGUUGGACUGCCCUCUGCUGCUGUUGCCUUUGGGAUAUGUUGACCUAAAAUCACAAACUGCAUGGAAAUUCCCCACAUGCCAGAUUUUUGCUGCUCGACCUUCAAAUCGAAGCUCAAAUACCAACUGCUAUUUUUCCCAAAAGAUGCCUGUUAAAGAUUUCUGUUUGGUCACAAUGCCACUAGCUUAGCAAUUAAAUGACUGGAUGGCAAGUUCUGUAAGUGUGGUGCAAUGUUUUAUGAUGGCCUGCCCAAAUAAUGAGCAAAUGUUAAUUUAUGCAGAACCUUUUUUAAACGAGCUAAAAUGUUCCAGAGGAUUCACUUUGAUACUGAUGAAAAUAAGUGUAACAACUUCUGUUUCUGACAUAUGUAAAAUGGAUCCUAUAUUGUGGAACUUGGAAUUGCUAGAAAUGGAAAGUAAAAAUUGCUGAUUUUAGUUAUUCUAUUGAAACUGUAUAUUCCACAUUAAAGAGAACUUUUAAAUGACUACUUAUUGAAUAAAGUGAAUUUAUGCAUCA